AUGAUCGGCACAAUCCGCCUUCCAGUAUACGCAUGUGGCACAACACGAACCGUGAAGUUCUCGGUCGUCGACUCUAAAGCCCCCUAUAACGCGAUCCUAGGCACCCCUUGGCUGCAUUCGAUGCAAGCGAUCCCAUCGACUUACCAUCAGUGCGUCAAGUUCCCGGGACCAGACGGCAAAAUCCGAACGCUGCGGGGCGAUCAGCAAGCCGCUAGAGAUCUGUUAAUCGCAACCAUAAAACUUCAGCGACAAACCUCGCAUGUUAACACCGUCUCAAACCCCUUACAGAAGGCGUUUCCCCAGCAAGAGGAAGUUAUCGACAUAUCCCUCGACGUUGCUGACCAUAGCAAAGUGAUCCGCAUCGGAGCAUCCCUGCCGGAAGAUAUGCGGCAGCAACUCACCGAGUUUCUCCGUCAGAACGUCUCCACCUUCGCCUGGACUACAUCCGACAUGAAAGGGAUCGAUCCAGCAAUUACCUCUCAUGAGUUAAACGUUGAUCCCACCUUCAAGCCUAUCCGCCAAAAGCGCCAGAAACUAGGACCCGAACGAACAAAGGCAGUCAACGACGAGGUGGACCGCCUGCUCACCGCCGACUCAAUCAUGGAAGUCAAGUACCCCGACUGUUUCCCCCUCCCACACAUCGACCGUUUAGUCGAAUCGACUGCCGGAAACGCCCUCUUGACGUUCAUGGACGCAUUCUCUGGAUACAACCAGAUAAUGAUGCAUCCCGACGACCGCGAGAAGACGGCGUUCAUAACAGAUCGAGGAACCUACUGCUACAAGGUAAUGCCCUUCGGUCUUAAAAACGCGGGAGCCACCUACCAGCGCCUUGUCAACCGCAUGUUCGCUGACAAGCUAGGCUCGACGAUGGAAGUCUACAUCGACGACAUGCUGGUCAAGUCACUCCGAGCCGAGGAUCACCUCACGCACCUCAAAGACUGCUUAACAACACUCAACGAGUACGGCAUGAAACUGAACCCGGCUAAAUGCACGUUCGGCGUUAUGUCCGGCGAAUUUCUCGGAUAUAUCGUCACUCAGAGAGGUAUUGAAGCUAAUCCCAAACAGAUAUCGGCGAUCCUCGAUCUCCCAAGCCCUAAGAACAGCCAAGAAGUGCAACGCCUCACUGGCCGAAUAGCAGCGCUCAACAGGUUCAUCUCGCGAUCUACCGAUAAGUGUCUUCCCUUCUUUGAAUUGUUGCGAGGAAACAAACGAUUCAUCUGGGACGACAAAUGCGAGGAGGCCUUUGGCCAACUUAAGCGAUAUCUGACUACUCCUCCAGCACUCUCGAAACCAGAAGCAGGUGACAUUCUCACCCUCUAUAUUGCCGUCACACCUAUCGCCGUCAGCAGCGUGCUCAUACGCGAAGAUCGGGGGGAGCAAAAACCGAUCUUCUACACGAGCAAACGCAUGACCGAAGCUGAAACCCGCUAUCCCACCCUCGAGAAAAUGGCGCUUGCAGUGGUACACUCAGCGAGGAAACUCCGCCCGUACUUUCAGUCUCACACAAUUGAAGUUCUCUCCAAUCAGCCCCUCCGAACAAUCAUGCAGAACGCCAACCACUCUCGGCGGCUAACGAAAUGGGCGAUGGAGCUCAGCGAGCAUGACAUCGUAUACAAGAACCGAACAGCAGCCAAGUCCCAGGUCCUCGCUGACUUCCUGAUCGAACUCACACCCGAACUCGAGCAGGAUCUGGCCGUGUCAUCUCGCAAUUGGAUUCUGCACGUCGACGGCUCCUCAACCAAUAAAGGAUCCGGCGCCGGCGUUCAGCUUCAAUCCCCAACCGGCGAACUGAUAAGACAGUCUUUUAGCUUCGGCUUUCCCGCUUCCAACAACGAGGCUGAGUACGAAUCUCUCCUUGCAAGAGCCAAACGCCUCAGUGCCUACUGCGACUCUCAGCUCGUCGCCAGUCAAUAUAACAGCGAGUACGAUGCUCACAAUGCAAGAAUGGACGCCUAUCUCAAGCUUGUUCAGGACCUCACGAAAGACUUCGAAUUUUUCGAACUCACCAAAGUCCCGAGAGGAGAGAACGUCUGCGCUGAUGCUCUAGCAGCCCUUGGGAGCAAGCUACACGAUCAGAUCAUGCGGACAAUUCCCAUUCAUCGGAUCGAGAGCCCCAGCAUAACGGCACAAAGCGCGAGUACCUCCUCUGUCUCUGCGGUAGCUGUUACAGCCGAUAUGAACGUCGAUCCCUCAUCAGACGAAACCCCCGAUUGGCGUACCGAUUUGAUCAACUACUUAGCACACGGCAACCUUCCAGAUGAUAAGUGGCUAGCGCGAAGACUGAAGGCACGCAGUGCCCAUUACGUCGUCAUCGAGGGCGAACUACACCGUUGGAACGCCAACAAGGUCCUCCUGAAAUGCAUUUCAGGCGACGAAACGCGACUGGUCAUGGCUGAAAAUCACGAAGGCGCGGCGGGUAAUCAUUCCGGAGGACGAGCUCUAGCACUUAAAACACGCACCCACGAUCCGUUUAUGCGUUGGGCAAUGGAUAUCAUCGGGCCCAUGCCGAAUUCACGAGGCAAGCGUUUCGUUCUCGUCCUGACUGAUUAUUUCACCAAAUGGAUCGAAGCGGAAGCCUUCGCCAACGUCACCGACAAUGAAGUUCAGAAAUUCGUCUGGCGCAACAUUAUUUGUCGUCACGGUUUUCCUUACGAGAUCAGUAACGGCCAGGCAGAGUCAUCCAACCGUACGAUCAUCGACGGCUUAAAGAAACGACUAGAUUUGAAAAAAGGCUGCUGGGCCGACGAGCUAGACGGUGUCCUUUGGUCUCACCGCACCACGCCUCGUUCCGCGACUAAGUGCACUCCAUUCUCCAUGGCCUACGGCGUUGAAGCAAUGGCUCCCGCCGAAGUUAAUGUAACUAGUCUCCGAAGAUCUCGAAUGCCUCAACACGUUGAGCUCAAUCAAAGUAUGCUCCUCGACGCACUUGACGCAAUCGAAGAACGCCGCGAUCAAGCUCUGCUCCGAAUCCAGAACUACCAACAUCAAAUCGAGAGCUACUAUAAUAAGAAGGUCAAGUCGCGCCCUCUUGAACAAGGUGAUCUCGUUCUUCGAAAAGUCUUCGAGAACACUAGAGAGUGGAAGGCUGGCAAGCUUGGAACUAAUUGGGAAGGGCCAUACAAAAUCACACAAGUGAUCAAACCUGGAGUCUAUCGCCUGGAAACGUCAACCGGUGAAGCAGUUCCGCGUGCCUGGAAUUCCAUGCAUCUAAAGCGAUACUCUCCAUAA